AUGUUUACUCCACGACAUGCGCCAUUGAAAGAGGGCCGCUCAUUUCCCGGCUUACCAAACUCCGGUCCGACCAGACGAGGCCUCAGAUCACGCCAGGGAGCGGCGAUCCUCGUGGUACUUUUAUGCAUACCAUUGAUAUACUUUCUAUCAUCAAGCUCAUCUUCCCCCAAUGAGAUUAUCCAGUCACCCGAUAGUAUACGGCCGCCCGCCAACAACCCAAGAGAAGUGGCGCGGGAUGCCGAGGUGGUGCUGAAACCGGAUUCCAAUGGACCACCGAAGCCUCCAAGAGUUCAACCUGUUGAUCCGGCCGAUGUAAACCCAGCUGAGCCUAAUUCGCCAGCGGGUGCCGGACCCCGAUUUGAGGCUCCGCCGGACGAGGCGCCCAAGCCCAAGCCCAAAGCUCCCGCCGGAAGCGAGGCUGGAGACGAGGAACCAGUCCCAGCGAAGGACUCCGAUAGCCCGGCUCAAGCUCAAUCGCAACCAGAUUCUGUUGAUGGUCCCGUGCGAGGAAAAAUCACGGCCAAUGCAGGCUCGUUCUCGGAACGGCCGAGAUUUGAGAGGGCGCUCUCACGCGUCAUCAACCUCUUGCCAGGGGAGAUGGAAGGACGAGACCUCCUCCGCCAAGUAGAAGGCACGGGCAAGGAGAAGCUACGGGAAAUGGGACUCCGCGUGCGCGAGUACAAGAAGUUCUACGAGGCCUGGGAGGACCUGCAUCUCACCGCGGACGAGGAAGGCGGCACCUACGUACGUGACGACGUAAUCCAGUAUCUCCGACAUCAUGUGCACCAGUCGACGUCGGACGAACUGGCCGAAGCGGGACUCGCGCAGACGGUGCACUCGUACGAGGCAUAUCGGUACUUCCUGGUCAAGUUCGGACAGUUGCUGUUCCCCUGGACGGCGCCGUACUUCCCCGACCACAUGACUCUGCAUUCUCACUUCAAGCGAGGCGGGAGAGGCAUCGUGCUUACGGCGGGUGACGAUCAAGCGCCGUUUCUCUUGACCACGAUCCCGACGUUCCGCAAACUCGGCUGCGAUCUGCCCAUUGAGGUCAUGUAUCUUGGCGACUCGGAUCUCAGUGAAGACUACCGCGCCGACCUGGAAGCGCUCGACGGGGUCAUCACCCGCGACAUCGCGCAGAUGGUGAACGACGAAGGCUGGAAACUUGCAGGCUGGGCGGCCAAGCCUUUUGCCAUCCUGUUCUCGAGUUUCCGUGAAGUCAUCUUCAUCGAUGCUGAUAGCUUGUUCUUCAAGAACCCGGAGGUCCUGUUUGAUGAUCCGGGCUACCAAAAGACAGGGGCGCUCUUCUUCAGAGAUCGUUUGAUCAUGCCGGAGAACAAGAAACGCUGGCUCCAACAGAUCCUGCCGAAACCAAUCUCCAGACAGGUCAAGCAGUCGCGCUUCUGGACGGGGGAGUCGGGUCAUAUGCAGGAGUCUGGUGUCGUGGUGGUGGACAAGUGGCGCCAUUUCAUGGCUUUGCUGCUCGUCACUCGAAUGAACGGUCCGGAUCGAGACGGCAACAAAGAGGAAGGUAGAGUUGGUGUUUACGACAUGGUAUACGGUGACAAAGAAACAUUCUGGAUAGGCUGGGAGCUUGUAGGGGAUUUGGAUUAUUCAUUCCACCAAGGCGAUGCCGGCGCAAUGGGCGUGCUCCAAGCACCCGAAGUGAAAGAUGACGACAAGGAGAAAGAGAGGAAAGAAAAGGAAAAGCCCAAACCCAAGAGGAAAAAGAAGGUGAAGAAACCUGCUGUGGUCAACGAUAACGGCGAGGUCGUCGAAGGAGGUGGCCAGGACCCACAACAAGGCGAUGGUGCAGAGGGGGUGGAAGUCGAAGUCGAAGUCGAAGAGGAAGAGGAACCAGAGCCACAAGAGCAGCCCGAAGAGAAGGCUCCGGAGCCAACCAGCUAUACGAUGUGUGCUCCUCAGCUUCUGCAUCUCGAUACGGAGGGUAAACCGCUCUGGUUCAACGGCUGGCUUCUGGACAACAAGUUCGCCGACAAGAAACAGAAGAAGUUCGGCAAAUGGGAACACUACCUCAUCGAACCGCAUGAUAUCAGGGAGCCUGGCGCGUGGCAGCUCGAGGAGAGUAACAUGUGCUGCCUGACCACGGAUCCGCCGCUGAAGAGGGAAUUCACGGCCGAAGAAAAGGCUGUCCUGCAAAUGAUGAUCGAUCAAGCCCGUCAGGUCGGCGUGCCGGGUUGA